AUGCCAAGUUCCAAGGGAAAGAUCUUGGUUAUAGGUGGCACAGGUGCUCAAGGAGUACCGGUAGUAAAAUCUUUUGCGUCAGGUUCGAAAUAUGCCGUACGCGUUCUCACCCGAGAUGCCUCAUCUUCGUCUGCUUCUGAGUUGGCAGUAAUACCUGGAGUGGAGAUAUUCGAGGGUGACUCCUAUGAUGAAGCCACCCUUCGCAAGGCGUUUGUUGGCAUUGAUUACGCCUUUGUGAACACAAAUGGCUUUGCCAUUGGAGAAAAGGCGGAGAUCUACUGGGGCAUCCGCAUGUACGAGCUUGCCCGAGAAUUUGGCCUGAAGCAUUUUAUUUAUGCCGGUCUCGAGUAUGCUUCGAAACUCGGGAACUUUGACCCAAAAUAUAGAUGCGGCCAUCUCGAUGGGAAAGCCAAAGUUACAGACUACCUCUCCGCACAGCCGACAACCCCGAUGGCGUGGUCAGUCUUGACCUCUUGUUUGUACAUGGAAGGGCUCUCAGAGGUGCUUGCCCCUCACCCUGAUCCGAAUAACCCUGGUACGCUCAUCUUCGCAGCCCCUCUUGGGACUGCGAAGUGCCCUCUCAUAUAUCUCAAAGAUUAUGGAGACUAUGCCCGCUGGAUGCUCGAUACACCUGCUCGGAGCAACGGGUUGGUGUUGCACGUUGCUACAGAGGACAUCUCCUGGAAGGAUUUGACUGCUGCCUUCACAGAAGUGACGGGUAUAAAGUCAGUUUACAAGGACAUCACCUUGGACGAAUAUUUCAAGCUUGGAGUAUUUGAAGACCCAGAGGCGAAGGUUGGGCAUUCGGUUACCCGCAAUGAUCCUACGUUAUUCACUAUCCGCGAGAACUACUCGGGGUUCUGGAAUACGUGGAAAGAUGAAUUGACUAAGAGGGACUACAAACUUUUGGAUGAGAUUUUGCCCACAAGAGUGAAAUCUGUGAAGGAAUGGAUGAAGAAGACAGAGUAUAAGGGGAAGUCAGCACCAGUUCUGAAAGACUAUCGUGAUGGUGCUCGUACGAGAGGCGUUCGUCAGUAAAAAAAAU